AUGUCCGAUCUCAAGCGAACCACUGAUGUUGCGCUACCUACAGUGGAAAAGGAAGGCGGUGGCUUGCAAUCAUCUCCUCGCUUGACAAAGUCUUUCGAGCGUGCACCUACUCUUGAUAGCAGCAAUAUGCCCCAUCUGAGCUCCAGGAAAGGCAUGCCAUGGCUAGCAGAGGAGGAGGACCUCCUAGUGAAGCUACGAAGGGAACAGGGGCUGCCUUGGUCAGAUGUGGUGAAACUGUUCUCGGAGAAAUACUCAGGGAGGACUCAGGGCUCUAUUCAAGUGUAUUGGAGCACUCAUCUCAAGCAUAAGGGGAACUGA